AAGGAUUUCACUACUCCCACUAUAAAUGCAUGUCAAGCUUCACAUAUCACAGUAAUAACAAACACAAAACCCCAUCAUCACUUCAUUUUCAAAUUCAAUAAUUAUUUUGCAGAUAGUCACCAAGAAAAUCAAAUUAUUCAAAAGCCAUGGGAAACUCUUGCCAAGAAACUCCACCACUACUUCUCCAAGACCUAAAAGUAACAAUCCACCAAGCUUCAAUGAUUUUUCCCUCCAAAGAAACACAUAACAAUAACAAUAACAACAACAAUAACAAGUCUUUGUUCUUAUCAAACAUAGACAAAGUCCUAAACUUCGACGUGGAAACGGUUCAUUUUUUCGCGGCAAACAAGGAUUAUCCGUCGUCCAAGGUUGCGCAGAAGCUCAAGGACGCCCUGGAGGACGCCCUUGUAGCUUACGAGUUCUUGGGAGGGAGAAUGAAGAUGAACUCCGAGACCGGAAGGUUAGAGAUAAUUUGCAAUGGGGAAGGUGCUGGGUUUGUUGUGGCUUCUUGUGAUUAUAGAUUGGAUGAGAUUGGAGACUUGGCUUUUCCAAACCCAGCAUUUGCACAAUUUGUUCAUAAGUCUAAGGAUUUCCUGAAACAUGGUGAUUCUCCACUAUGUGUUGCCCAGAUAACAUCAUGCAAGUGUGGGGGCUUCGUAAUUGGCUUCACCACAAGCCACACAACCUUUGAUGGUCUCAGCUUCAAAACUUUCUUAGACAACCUUGCCGCGUUGGCUUCCAACAAACGAAUGCCUGUGAUCCCCUCCCAUGACAGGCACCUCCUUGCCGCACGAUCUCCACCACGUGUCACCUUUCCACAUCCCGAGAUGCUUGACCUUGGAGAAUUCCCCACAAGCGCUGAAGCUGGCGUCUUCGAAGCCUCCUCCGAGGAACUCCACUUCAAAGUCUUCCAUUUAACCACUGAUAACAUCAACUGCCUCAAGGAGAAAGCCAAGGAUAGUAAUGUAAAUUCCCGCGUCACCGGCUUUAACGUUGUUACCGCGCUUGUCUGGAGGUGCAAAGCUCUAUCCUUUUCGCCGCCGGAUCCUAAUAGGUCGUCCACCAUACUCUAUGCCGUUGAUAUUCGGUCAAGGCUGAGCCCUCCAUUGCCAAAAUCCUACGCGGGUAACGCGGUUCUAACCGCUUACGCAACAGCGAAAUGCGAGGUACUGGAGAAGGGGUCGUUUGCGAAGUUGGUGGAGAUGGUAAGUGAGGGUGCAAAGAGAAUGAAUGAUGAGUAUGCGAGGUCUAUUAUAGAUUGGGGAGAGUUGCACAAUGGAUUUCCAAGUGGAGAAGUUUUGGUGUCUUCAUGGUGGAGAUUAGGAUUUGAAGAGGUGGAGUAUCCUUGGGGUAAGCCAAGGUAUUGUUGUCCCGUGGUUUACCAUAGAAAGGACAUUAUACUAUUAUUUCCUCCUGUUGGUGGCAGCGACGGCAGUGAUAAUGGGAUUAAUAUUAUAGUGGCACUUCCUCCUAAGGAAAUGGACAAAUUCAAGAAUUUCUUCUAUGAAUUCUUGAUAUGAAAUUCAGUGUGGUAAUAUGUGAUGGCUUUUACCUUCUUUUGUCUCAAAUAAUUGUCCAUUUAAAUAAAUUAUUUUUUAUUUAGUCUAAAUAGACAAUUGUUUGAGAUAAAAAAGUAAUAUAACUAAGGAUAAUAAUAGCUAACGGUCACGUAUAAUGUAUAAUUUGUGAAUUAUUAAUCACGACCUGAUAGAUUUUCAAGUGCUGUGUACGAAUAGAGGGUUUGAAUAAAUGAAUUAUAUUGUUAGUUACCACUA